GCUUGCUUAAUAUUUAUCCUUUCAUAUUUAUCGGCACAGCUUUAUCGCCGGACGGUACGAACAUUCACAAUGGUUCUUCAUCUACACUACACACACUACACAAUGACUCAAAAAGAAGAUUCGUCCUACAUUACGUACCAACUUCCUCCGUUUCUUUGUCACCGAUGUAUAUCUUGGACCACUUGAAAAAAUCGUGA